CACUGCUCCCUGUGGGGUAAAAAACAUCAUGCAUAGAAUGGGCAAUUGCCGUGCUUCUGGGGUUUGCGCCUGGCCGGCGAUGAUAUACAACACGUUCCUUACCAAGCAGCAGAAAAGGUAUUCCAAGGCAGUUAGUACUGUGCAGCGUCCCUCUGGCAGGAAAGCCCAACCUCCGAAACUUAACUGCUUAUCGCGCGAGUCGCCAGGGGUAAUUCAAGGCAUUGUGGCCAACUUAGCAUCCCUUCGCGCGUUUUGUAACUCUGGACAUGUGCAUUUUGCAAGAGGUUUACUCACCAGCCCUGCGGCAGCAGCUGCUGCGAGAUGGCUUUGCCAUCCUGCCUAGAUUUUAUCAAGGCCACGACCUACAAGCCCUUCAGUACGAGGCCGAGCUCGCUCUAGAGGCCGCGGGCGCUUAUGACACCGCUGUUGACAGUGAUAGCGAUCUCGGCUAUGGCGAUGACGCAUCCGAAAGCGAAACUAUGGCCAAAGAGAGGGGCUGUAUCUUUGAGGUUGCACGAUCAAUACCAGCCACCGAUAUCUCCUCCCCAGGACCAGGUAUGCAGAGCCCUAAAGCAACGGAGCUGGCACGGUUACCGACCGGAGAACCAGACCCUCCCCGAGCCUCCGGUGCAACUGAAGACGUACCUGGACAGUCGACAGCAGCAGCAACAGCAUGCGCCAUGACAAGCAACCACCUGCCCUCUCAAGCAGUUCCCUUGCCGGGGUUGGGCCUGCUUGCAUCUCCACGGCUCCAAGCCCUUGUGCGUGCUGCGCUGGGCUUCCCCUCGACGUGCACAGAUAACAACCGCAAUAGCAGCAGUAACUGUUCCCACCACAGUUCCGGCAAACGUCCGAGCAGCAGCAGCAGUUGUAGCAGCGAUGCUAAGCUCGAAGGGAGCAGACCGGAACCCACCGGGGCAGUUGGUACUGCUGCUGCUGCUGCUGCUGCAAAAUGCGCCACAACCGCAUGCGCCGCUGCCACUGUAGCUGCUACUGCUUCCUCUUGUGGGCCCUACCUCUUCAAUGAACAGUUUAUCGUGAAGCCACCGCGCAGCAGCAGCCGGUCGGCCUUUGCGUGGCAUCGUGACUCGGACUGGUGUCGAGGCCACCCGCAGUACGACUAUAGUCCGUACAUCUCGGUAUGGACAGCGCUGGACGAUAUGGACGAAGAGAACGGGGCGCUGGUGGUGCUGCCAGGAAGCCACCUGGGGGGCCCGGGGGGGCCCACAGCGGCGCCAUGCAAGGCUGCGGCUGGUGACCCAGAUGGUCGACAGGGCGGUGGUGGAGGCAGCAGGGAGGCCACAACGUCCUCCAGUGCUGAGGCCGCUGGCGCAGGUGCUGGUGCCGGUGCUGCUGGUAGUGAUGUGUCAAAUCUUGAAGCAGGGUUUCACUCAGCGAGGCAUCUCUUCGUACCUGCGGGAACUGUGGUGGUCUUCCUGGAUACGCUGCUGCACGCCAGCGGGCCGAACCACUCACGGCACAUGCGACGCGCGUGGAUGCCACAAUUCAGUAGCCGCCCCAUUUUGCGGAGAACUGACGGGCAACCUGUGGCCCUGGCGAUGCCCCUAACACAGCUACAGGGCAGUCAGCGUUGAAAGGGUACUGCGGGUGCAUGGUACUGCUCAUUGGCUUGCGCUUCUUGGAACAGGCGUGCGUGCGUGAUGGCAGGGAGCGUCAGGCAGCACGUCAUCAUAUUCCCAUGCUGGUGAAUGGAACGACAGUUGCGCACGGUUACGGUGAAGGAAUGUGCAAGCUGCAAUCGGCGG